UCUUUAUAUACGUUCCGAUCGUCUCUUUCCUCUAUAUUCGUUUCUCCCUUCUCGUGUUCUUGCAAGCAUUCAAUGGCGUCAACUCUUCAACACCAUCUCUUCAUCGCCUUUAUCUCUCUAGGGCUUCUGGCUAUUGGUGCUUCUGCAAGACCUGGUGUUCACUUCCACCCUUGCAAAACCCUAUUCAUAUCCUACACGAUCUCCUCCCUGAAACCCUCCAAUUCCCUUGACUUCCCGCAAAACCCUAACUCUGCGGAUCCAAAUCCCUCUGGUUUCUUUGCUGUCUUUAGCGAGAUCAGGGAAUUCGAUCCCAAACCCAACUUCUUCCAUUCCUCUGAAUUCUUCAUCGACCGCCCCGAUUUCUCGCGUCCCCGCGUCGUCCGGUCGUACGGAAACGACAUGUUAAAGUCCGACGUGUCUCCCCGUCCCGUUCCUUUUUCUACCUUCGGUGUCAGCUCGCUCCGUGAACGGACGAAAGACAUUCUCAGCGUCGUCGUUGCUUUGCUUUUCGGUGUCGGCUGUGGGGCUUUGACUUCUGCUACAAUGUACUUGGCGUGGUCGUUGAUCACAAACAGGUAUGAAAUCCGUGAAUCCGAAGACUACAGUGAGGAUUUCUCUGACGAUGUUGAUGACGAUAUUGCUAAAGCUAAGAAGAUGGGAUAUGUCAAGAUUCCUGCCUCCGAGCCGUCUGCUGCUCCUGUUACUUCUCUGCCUAAAUAAGUUGUAUGAAGGGUGUGGGGAAUAGGGUUUUCGGGGGUUUCUAAAUAUUGGUGUGUAGAUACUUCUAUUUGAUACUUUUCUGUGGAUUAUUACUGUGUAAGCUGUUUUAUGUCUGUCGAUUUAAGAUUUGUCAUGAUGCAGUGCUGUUUACUAUCUAAUGUGUUGACUUUGGCAUUAUGACUUUAUUUAUUUUCUUUUGUUAUCAUGGCUGGACGGGACUGAAUUUGGGGAAUAGUUUUUCCCCUUUAAUGAUACAGGUCGAAUGUUGGUUUGCUUA